CCGGACGGAAUUAAAUUAACUGGAAUAUGAUGAAUAUAUUUGAUUUUAACUGCAUGUCCAAGCAAUUACCAAUAAUCACGUCUGUUAGUGAGUUUAUUCCAUUUUUCCCGUAAGAAACAUGGACAAACCUACUAACGUGUAGCCAAACAUAACAUAUAUUAUCUGGGUAAUCAGGAUAGACAAUGUACCUUUGACCUUAAUGGCAUCACCUCUGACCUCACGAUACGACGGAAAAACACGAAGCUGCCCGAGUCCCGGUUUACCUGAAGACAAAAGCGUCAUAGGAAGCAGGAGAAAUGCCGCGGCGUAAAAAGCCGAAGCUGACGAGGUGGCUCGCUUGGAAGGCAAAAAAGGCAGAAGAGGAAAAAAAGAAGAUUCGUGAUGAGCAGGACAAAGCAGCACUGGAGCCAGCUGAAGAGCAGCAAGUGGAGGGAGCACAAGGUGAAACGCGGAGGCCUAAAAGUACAAGAGUGCUGACGUUGAAUGCUUGGAAAGAGAAGGCAGAACUGGAGAAAAAGAAGAUGGAGGAUGAGCUGUGCAAAGCGCGACAAGUAAAGAAAGCACAAGAAAAAAUGCGGAGGCGUAAAAAAAAAAGGCUUGCAAAGUUGAAAACACGGAAAGCAGAACGGGGAAAGAAGAAGCGUCGACAACAGCGCAAAGCUCGACAGAAGUUGGCAAAAGUCAGAGCAAAAGAGAAGCUAGCUGAGCUUGAACAAACUGCAAAUGAGAUGCACAUCAAAGAGGAGGAGACAGGAGACACUGGAUGGCAACAGGAUGGACAAGAGAACGUUUUGGUAACGUACAGUGAGGAUCAGGAAAGCUACGACUGCUUUGGUGCAAACCAACCAACCGGACAAGCUCAGAAUGAGACUUACAACAGUUUGGAGCAGACAACAGACACGGGGCGGCAUCAGAACGAGGAAGGAGCCGUUCCAAAUGAAGAAACGUGCGGUGUAAAAGCAGAAAUCCACAAUGAGGACCACGAAACGUACAACUUCAUUUGCUCUGUUCUACCAAGCGAACACCCAUGGCACAAGAUUUACAACAGUUCAAAAGCGACAACAGACACGGGACGGCAACAGGACGAGGAAAGGGACGUUCUAAGCGACGAAACGCGCAGUGUAAGAGCAGAAUUGGAAGAGUCUAACUGUGAGCUUUUUACUGGGGAACUGUGUACUGGGCAUCCUGGGAUGGAGAUGGACAGCACAGAACACCCUGGGAAGGAGAUGGACCAUCCUGGGAAGGAGAUGGACUGUACAGAACACCCUGGGAAGGAGAGUGACAGCAUGGAGACCCAGACAACAGACAUGGGCCUGGAGCAGGAAACGUGUGAUGUGAACUUUCCCCAACCUGACAACACAUCAACCUCACAGGUACUAGUACAGGAGAGCAGAGGUAUUACCGGAAUGCACGUGGUCGAACAUACCAUUGAAAAACCCUUCAUGUGUGGGGAGUGUGGAUACAGGACAGCUCAAAGAUCUAACUUGUCCCGACAUAUGAGAUCCCACACAGGAGAGAAACCCUACAUGUGUAACCAGUGCGACUUUUCUACUGCAGAGAAAUCCAAAUUGGUUCGACACGUAAGAAAACACACCGGUGAGAAACCCUACAUGUGUGGGGAGUGUGGGUACAGGACAAAUUAUCAAGUAAGCCUAUCUCGACACAUGAGAACCCACACAGGAGAGAAACCCUACAAGUGUCACCAGUGCGACUAUUCUGCAGCACAGAAAUAUUCUUUGGAGAGACAUCGAAUAAAUCACUUACUAGGUGAAAAAAACUACAUAUGUGGGGAGUGUGGGUUCAACACAACUCGGAAGUCUUCAUUUUUGCAACAUGAGAAAACACACAGGAGAAAAACCCUACAAGUGUGACCAGUACAACUAUUCUGCACCACAGAGAGCCAGUUUGGACAGAAAUCUAGCAAAACAUAGUGGUGAGAAACCCUACACUUACGGAGAGUGCGGGUACAAGGCGGCUCGAAAGCACCACUUAUCCGAACACAUGAAAAUUCAUACAGGAGAAAAACCCUACAGCUGUCAUCUGUGUAGCUACUCUGCAGCUAGGAAAUCAACCCUGUCUAAACAUUUGAUAACCCAUGAGGAAGACUAAAUCUAAAGUGUGACGUACAGCAUGAAAUGUCUUCUUCUUUAUUGCAUAAAAUGUCAUUUGUGUGAGGUAGUCAAGGUAACAAGUUAAGGCCAUUCAAAAAGACAUAUGGCAGUGAACCAUAUUUGAACAUUCCAGAAUUUGAAAUUCAUAGAGCCAUGUGUGAAUUACCUAUCAGUGAUCACCCCUUAUAUGUAGAAUCUGGCAGGCAUAGACGUACGCUCUACAACUGUACAAAAUAGACUAUGUUCAUUUUGUAAUAAGCAAUGUGGAAGACGGUCCCAACUUAGGAGUUACUGUGUUGAUAAUAGGUAAUCUUUGUAAACGAAUGUUCACGAGGCAAAAACUAGGCAAGUCUACGGAUGACCUGAUUUGCUUGAUUUUGAAAAUAAUUUUGUAGGUGUAUUGAAUACACUUGUAUUAUAGUUGAAAUUACAUUAGUGUGGUCGUCUUGGGUGUGCACUAGUGAGGUAGCCAUGAGUGUAUCUGUAAAAGUGACACUAGUCAUGUAGCCAUGAGUGUAUCUGUAGAAAUGACCCUAGUGAGGUAGCCAUGAGUGUAGUUGUAGAAAUGACCCUAGUGAGGUAGCCUUGAGUGUAGUUGUAGAAAUGACCCUAGUGAGGUAGCCUUGAGUGUAGUUGUAGAAGUGACACUAGUGAGGUAGCCAUGAGUGUAGUUGUAGAAAUGACCCUAGUGAGGUAGCCUUGAGUGUAGUUGUAGAAAUGACCCUAGUGAGGUAGCCUUGAGUGUAGUUGUAGAAGUGACACUAGUGAGGUAGCCUUGAGUGUAGUUGUAGAAGUGACACUAGUGAGGUAGACUUGGGUGUAGUUGGCUUAUGUGUAUACAGAAGAGAUU